AUGGGUAUACUUAUGAUGGGUUUACACGGCCAAUCAGACAUAGUGGGUGGGGAUAGGUGGAUAUUGAUAUGGAGAGGGCAUAUCGCAUCCACCCGCACAUUUUGGCACCCUAUCAUGCAUCCAGAAGUUGUAUCAAUUAUUGAGAGUCGAAUACUAAAACUUGCUACAACUUAUUCGUUCGAUUUCUUAGGAUUACAUGAGAAGCAUGAUGAGGAUUUCCACGUCAAUGGUUCUAUUUGGAAUGUAGCUUCAUAUGCAAACAUUGAUAGCGGUGUGCAUUCAAACCAUAAGAGCUUUUUAGACGAAAGUUUGGGGCCUAUUCCAAAAAAGUUCAAAGGAAUUUGUGCGAAUGAGCAUGAUCCAACGUUCAAGUGCAAUAGAAAGCUUAUAGGGGCACGAUACUUCUACAAAGGUUUGUUGGAAGAAGCCAAGUUAUACAAUAUGACGUUCAACGAAACACUAAGCCCUAGAGAUAAGGAAGGUCAUGGUAGUCACACUUUAUCAAUGGCAGGAUGGAGUUUUGUUAGCGAAGCGAGCUUGAAUGGGCUAGCAAAUGGAACUGCCAUGGGACUGGCACCCAAAGCACGACUUGUUGCUUACAAGGUUCAUUGGUCAGAAGCUGCUAGCGACAUGGAUGUAUUAGCUGCUUUUGAAGCUGCCAUUGAUGAUAAUGUUGACAUUAUCAAUCUUUCUAUGGGUAGUGCAGAACAAGGGUUUCUGGAUUCUAUUGCCGUAGGUAGUUUUCAUGCUAUGAAAAAUAGUAUCCUUACUAUUGCGGCAGCUGGAAACUCAGGACCUGCUCUUGGGACUGUUGCGAACGACGAGAAAGUAGGAUCUGAAAUUUUCCAAAAUGUACCCCGUGUCGUCUCUACUGCUUUGAUUAGCUACAAUGAUGGUCAAACUCUUUUUUCUUAUAUCAACUCUACCAGGACACCAAUUGUAUCCUUUGGUGAAGCAAUAACUUCAUUAGGUAUAAAGUCUGCUCCUAUCAUGGCUGAUUUCUCAUCAAGGGGUCCUCAUUCACUGAUUUUGAAUUAUGGUGUUUUAAAGCCUAAUGUAACAGCUCCAGGUGUAGAUAUCCUAGCAGCUACUCCUAAAUCCUUAGAAAAAAAAAAGGAAAAUCCAUUUGUGCUGAUGUCCGAAUUAUCAAUGGCAACCCCACAUGUCAGUGGUGUUGCGGCUCUUUUAAAAACGAUACACCCUGAUUGGUCAACAGCCGCUAUUCAAUCCUCUUUGAUGACUAUAGCAAGCCCCUUAGACAAGAAGGGAAUGCCGAUACGUGAUAAUGAUGGAGUGAGUGAAGCGAGUCAUUUGGCAUAUGGUUCGGGUCACAUACGACCUAAUCUAGCGAUGGAUCCUGGUUUAGUUUAUGACAUGAAUGAAUUUGAUUAUCUUAAUCUCCUUUGUGCAAUUAAUCAAAACAACACAGUAUUGGAAAAUCUGAGUAAGCAACAUUCAUAUGAUUGUCCUCGUGAUUUCAGCGCAUUAGAUGCAAAUUAUCCCUCCAUAUAUGUUCCUGAGUUUCCUAGAAACACCAUUAUCAAUCACAAGUUGAAAAAUACUGGACAACCAAGCACUUACUUGCCUCGCAUGAGGCCCCACAUGGAGUUUCAAUCAUUGUGGAGCCUAACACACUAG